CGUGUCAUUCACGGCCACAUCGCCCGCAUUGAGGCCAACAUCCCGUGGAAAUCGUUGUACUCAUCGCCGGUUGUCAUCCGAUUGACUGAUGUAUAUGUGGUGGCGGUUCCCAACUCUGAGGCCACGUAUGAUGACAUCAACGAAGAGCUGAUCCAAUGGAAUGACAAACAAAAACAGUUGGAGAGAAUAGAGGACGCGAAACAGAGAUCCAAAGAGACGAGCACCGACACUAAGAAGAAGACUGACGACAGUUUUGCCACUAAAUUUGCGGCACAAAUCGUAAAGAAUUUGCAAGUCUUCAUCACAAACGUCCACAUCUGCUAUGAGGACAGUAUCUCAUGGCCUAAGAAUCCCUUUCAAGUGGGACUCACUUUACAUAAACUC